GGCUGGAAUCCUUCCUAGCAUACUAUAAACUCAAUAGGUAUUACCUUAGUUGCUCUAUAUCAAAGGGGUGAUCCAUAAGAGCUAUUCAUCAUGGGUAGAUUUCUUAUCCCUGUCUUGCUUGUGCUCUCUGUUGGGGUUGUUUCUCAAGUUGGUACCCCUGGCGGCAACAGUGCCUGCGCGCAAUGGUGCGCGACCAAUUUCCCCAAUAAUCCUGGUUCUUGCACGUCGCAAGCAGCUCAUGGAACGGGUCCAUGCUAUGUGUGUGGCCCUCGCAAACCCUCAGGCAGCACCAAGAAUCUAUGUUCGGGGGUGUGUACCGAUACUAGUACUGAUAGCAAUAAUUGCGGAUCGUGCAUGAACAAGUGCCGGAAUACCGAGUCCUGUGAGGGUGGCCAAUGCCGCCCUAAAAGUAAUUGUGCCAACCCCUCCAUGUGUGGUACUGUGAACUGCGGUAUUUGCAAUGGCAAUACCUGCAACACCGACACUACUGCCUGCCAUAGUGGUGUGGAUAAUCCAAGCGCUGGGUACUGCGUCUUUCGUGCGCUAUGCAGCCAGGUACUAGAUACUUGCGCAUCUAACAAGGACUGCCCGGAGCAUAAUGUAUGCGUGCAGACCUGCUGUACUGGUGGUGACUUCACCCCUGGCACUGGUACACCCAGAUGUAUUCCGGAAAUAUUCCUUCAAUGUCCAUGUGCCUGACAUGGGGUACAUCCUUUUCUUUUUAGGACGCUGAAGCAGCACUUUUGGCUAAAGAAAAUGUAACGGGAAUGGACUUCUAUGAUUUACUGGUUUUUCUUUUUUGUCUCCUAUCGCACCUUAACGUCUGGACUUUAUCAAGUUGAGUUUGCUCUUCUGCGUGUCUUUUAACGAUUGAUAAUAUGAUAUUUGUUACUUUCCAAGGAUACUGUAAUACAACAAGC